AUGCAUUUUUUAGAGCUUCCGCAAAAGUUAGAUGGCCAUAGUCAGCUUAAAAGUCUUUGUGAGACCAGAUGGGUUGAACGUCACGAAUCUGAGCUUCAAUUUCAAAGUACUAUUCAAAUCAUUGUAGACCUACUUGAUAUUAUUUCCCAUUGGAAAGAUCAAGAUGCCUCUUCAAAAGCAGAAUGUUUAAAAAAUGCUAUAGGUUCCACCGUUUUUCUAGUUUCUUUAUGCUCUCUGUCUGAUAUUUUAGCUUUGACUGUAAAUUUAAGUAAAAUAUUGCAAAAGAAGUCAAUUGAUGAACACUAUGUUACUACGCUUACACAAAAUGUUAACACUAUUUUAAAAGAAAGACGUCGAAAUUCCGAAACUUAUUUUAGGACCAUUUUUACUUUAAUGUCAGAUAUUCAUAAAAAACUAGAUUUAGAAAUUAUCAAACCAAGAGUUACUCAGAGACAAACGCAUCGCCCCAAUAUAUCUGCAGAAAAUAGCGAAUCUUAUUUUAGACUUAGCAUCUAUAUUCCUUUGUUAGAUAAUAUAUUGCAAGAUCUCCAAUUUCGUUUUAACGAGGAAUCUUUGAAUACCUACGAGUUCAAUAUAUUUUUUCCUUCCAUUUUCAAAAGCGUAAAAACGCUACAGAUGGUAUCGAUUUAUAUUCGUCUUGCGAUGAACAUAUAUUUCCUUUAUUAA